GGCUCACUCUAUCAAAAGAUAUGAUUAAUUUAGUGAGUUCAAGAAGUAAAAUAUUACGUUACGCAAUUUAGUAUAGUACUUGCAACGACAUCUUAAGACUAAAAAUAGAACUAAUUUUGAUAGUUGAAAUCCAAAUCCGAUAGAUGGCGUUGUGCAAAUGACGUCAUUUUAUGAAUCGCGGUGUUAAGAGAUUCCGCGCGAGAAUCACGUCGACCGUGUUUACUUGACAGAGUGGGUUUCGUUUGGUGUCCUAAAAGUUCUCGAGUGUGUCGUAAAGUCUUAGGUUGCUUGGAAGAUGGUUUCGUUUGGUCAUUGGUAUGAAGUACGAAGUAGUAUUUUAAUUACUUCGUAGUUUGUAUCCAAUAAUGCCAAUCGUUUUACAGUAAUUUAGCCAAUUCGUUGAGUCACGACCACGAACAGACGAUUCGUUGUCAUACUUAGACUGUUUGACGCACCGUUCGGUAUAGGUGUUGUUGGUUUUUUUAUUGCUUAAAUUUUCCUUGAAAAUGCCUCAAAGAAAAAAAACUAACCUUUCGCUGCGUAGCCGAAAUGCGAAAAGGAUGAGACUUAGUAGGUCUCAGGAAUCGGAAGAAGAUCGUGAAGCACGGUUAUCUGCUAACCGAGAGCACAUUAUUACAUGCGCUGCGAACGAGAUACGGUGCGUGGCUGCUAAAAUACCGACCUUCUCCGUCCCUCAAGACAUUUGCGCGUCCCAAGACGGCGGCAGUCUGCGGCAAGAAAUUGCUAGCUGCGUGCGAGAGGAACUAAGUAAACACCUCUCCACGAUUGCGACACCUAUCACACCUGCACCACUGCCCCGUUCUUAUGCACAGGCAGCAAGCGCCCCAACCUCCCGUUCAGUAUCUAAGACACCCCCCACUCACAAACCGGCGCUCAUAGUAGCACCGCAGAGCGACAGCACAUCCAAGUCGCGUGAGGACGUUGUGAGGUCUUUUAAAAGCGCAGCUAAUUUCCGCACAACUUCGUACGCUCCGUCCCGAAUUCAAGCCGUUUCCAACAACAAGCUGCGGGUGGAGUUUGAGACGGAGCGACAGCGCGACGAAACGCUCGCAAGGCUACAGAAGUCCACACAACUCACCGCGGAACCAGCCAAGCUAUUAAAACCAAUGAUCAUUCUCAGGUGAAUAUCACUGGACACAACUUCAGAGGAGCUGAUAGAGGUUAUUCGCAGCCAAAAUGAAGAGCUGUCUGACCUUGUGACAGACAGUGAAGACUUGCGGCUCGCAUUUAAGAGAAAUAACCGCAGCCCCAAACUUUAUAACGCCGUCCUCAUCACUAAGCCCGCCAUAUAGAGCAAAAUAAUUGCAAUGGGUCGUGUCUGCGUGGACCACCAGCGGGUGCACGCGGAGGAUUUCUCCACGUUCCUCCAGUGCAGGAAGUGCCUGCAGUUCGGACACAUUAAAACAAAAUGUACCGCGACACAGGCACCCUGCUCCUACUGCUCGGAGGAGGGGCACGACACUAACAGCUGUCCUCUUUGUGAGAAAAAAGCCACACCCAAAUGCUACAACUGCCAUACGCACAACAUCAAAUUCAAAACCACUUAUGACAUCGGACACAUGGCCACUUCCAACACUUGCCCUCGCAUUAAAUCUGUAAAAGCUAAAGUGAUUAACCGUACAGAAUACAUUAAAGCCACAUAAUAAACAUCAGCAUAUGAAAGCCUCAAACUGUCUUUAAACAUGGAAGAGUCUGCCACAAUCAUUUUGAUGCUAAAUACUACACCUCUAGUAGAAGACUUAGCAAAAAUGCAGUUCCAUCAUUGAAUAUACAAGGUAAAUUUUUCAUAUUUCAAACAUCAUUUUGUGGUGAGUGAUUAUUGUAUUAGUAUGAUGGUGAUAAACUCAAAUUCAGAGUUUUCUACAUUACAAAUUCUCAAAUUUCUUUAAACUAUGUUUUUUUUAGUGUUUAAAUCUAUACAUAUAAUAAAUCUGUAGACAAAGAUUUUCUGUGUGUUGAAAGAGAAAAGAUUUGAAAAAGAAAUGUGUCAUAAAAAUAUCCAAUAGAUCCUAUUUCUACCGUAUUUGGAUAUGACUUAUUCUUAUCACACUAAAAUUAUAAAGUUGAAAGUUUCUAAAUGAGUUUAUUUUGCCAGCAGCUCUGACACUGUGGAUUUCAGUUAUCAUUGUAAAGCAUAACCCUCUUUUUAAAGUCAGUUAAUCUAUCUCUUCAACUAAAUCUGUUUAGCUGUUUUGGCGCUAUAUCUUAACAAACAUCCAUUCACACUUGCACAUGUAUAAUAUUAAUAAAAUAAGAAGAUUGUUAUCAUUCAGUACUCAGAUCAUAAUAUUAUUAUUAAGUUCCUUACUUCUAAUAUUCUCAUUAUUGUUCAUUUCAGACGUACGCUCAUACUCAGGAUUACCAAUGCGAGACUUGACCAAUUUAACAAGGCAAGCUAAUAUUAAGAAACAAACAGUGGAAACUACAGUUCAGUUUUCUCUUCCAUCUCUACAUGAACCGACUCCUUCGACUUCUGCAGAACCUGUUCUAUCAUCAUCAAAAGGUAAUCAAUUUAGAUAAGAUUUUGCAGCCCUCUGAUUUUGCUGCUGUUCAGAUAUGAAUGAAACCUAUUUUUAUUAAUUAGAUGGGUGUUCAAACUUUACAUGGUGUGUAAUUAAAAAUAUCUCCUUUUUAUUACAGGAGAAAGGAACAGAGUGUCUAAUUUUAAUAAAGACUCCAUUAUUUUAAAAAAUAAAAUAAGAAGACUGCAAUGUCAAAAGGAUUCUGCAGUUACAAGAUUAAAGAAAGCAUUGAAACUUUCAGAAAAUAAGACUUUUCAAAAGGCUCUGGGAAAAUUUUCUUCGCCAGCCAGUAUAUUUACGAAACUGCAGUUUCGCGAAGCUGGGAAACAUAAAUUAGGCUGCAGAUUCACCAAAGAAGAAAAAAUAUUAUCGUUGGCCCUGUAUAAACAGGGACCUAGAGCCUACAGAUGGCUAAAAAAGUUUUUUGUUUUGCCAUCCCCAUUGACACUCAGCCGGAUGAUUUCGACUGCGUCAUUACGUCCCGGAAUAAAUGAAAGUUUAUUUCGACAAUUACAAAAAAGGGUGCAAAAAAUGAAUGAAAUGGAGAGAAUAUGUAUUUUAUUAUUUGACGAAAUUGCUUUAAGCCCCCAUUUUGACUAUAACCGAAGAAAAGAUUACGUAACUGGGUUUGUUAAUGAUGGAAGAAAUACGGAGGACAAAAUCGCCGACCACGCCUUAGUAUUUAUGGUGAGGGGUGUGCACAAAAAUUAUAAACAACCAUUGGCAUAUACUUUCUGCUCAAGUACUACACCAGCAGUACAACUGGCGACACUGAUAAAAAAUCUUAUUAGGCAUAUGAGAAACAUAGGGAUCAAUGUGAUAGCCAAGUGCUAUUAAUUCAUUAAUUAAUAGCACUAAAGUAAAUUAUUUAAAAGAAAAGAAAACACUGAAAUAUAAUAUAUUUGAAAUUGAUGGUGAAGAGGUGAUUCCCUUGUAUGAUCCCCCACAUUUAAUAAAGGGAAUCAGAAAUAAUUAAGUCACAAAAAAAUUAAAAUUUAUUAUGAAUGGAGUGGAGAAGACAGCAAAUUGGGAGCACAUAGUGCAAUUAUAUAAAGAAAACCCAGCAUUCCAGGGCAUCAGAUUAAUGCCCAAAUUAACUGAAAGGCAUGUAAUACCUUCCAAAAUUUCAAAGAUGAAAGUGAAAUGUGCCACUCAAGUAUUCAGUCGCACAGUAGCAGCCUAUAUGGGUUAUUUGUCAAUUUAAUCAUGAAUAAACAAAUAACAGACGAGGAUAUAGCCGGAUUAUUAUUCCAAGAGUUGGAUGAGGAAGACUUAGUUGCAUUUGAUUCAAGUGGAGAAGAGUUUGACGUCGCUCUAGAGGAUGAAGAAGCUGUUUCGGAGGAGGAAGAAAAUGAUGCAGGCUCCACCUCUUCGGAUUCUGAAAUGGAGGUGCCUCUGUCCAUCCUUGCUACUGUGCCUACAGAAGAAACUUACAGAGGUAAAGAUGGAACAAUAUGGUUUAAAAAUCCACGUAGACCUAAUGUACGAACACGUAGUGAAAAUAUAUUGACGGGCACUCCGGGAGUAAAUGGUCAAGCAAAAAAUGCAAAGACUCCAUUAGAAUGUUUUGAACUCUUUAUAAAUGAUUCAAUGUUGUCAUAUAUUUUGUGUCAUACCAAUACAAGGAUAAAAAAAACUAGAGAGAAUUCAAAUGCUUCUAAUGAAUAUUCAUAUUGUGAUGUUUCUAUGAUAGAACUUCGUGCCACAAUUGGUCUUAUUUUUUUGGCAGGGCUUUAUAAAUCGGCUAGACAAAACUUACAAGAUCUGUGGUCCAAUGAUGGCACAGGCAUUGCUCUUUUUUCAAUGACAAUGAGUCUAAGAAGAUUUUCUUUCAUUGUCAAUCAUCUGAGAUUCGACGAUGCCAAUUCUCGUGAAGAAAGAUUAGCACAAGAUAGAUUGGCACCAUUUCGUAAACUGUUUGUAGAUUUUGUUGCUAAUUGCCAAUUGCAUUAUACGCCUUUUGAGAAUCUAACGAUUGACGAAGAACUGGUGGCAUUUCGAGGACGUUGCAAAUUCCGUCAAUACUUACCGAGUAAACCUGCCAAAUAUGGAAUUAAAAUAUUUGCGCUUGUAGAUGCUUCUACAUAUUACUCCUUGAAUUUAGAAAUUUACGCAGGAGAUCAGCCCCAAGGAGACUAUAAAGUCAGUAACAAGCCACAUGAUGUAGUUGAUCGUCUUGUGACACCGAUUUCCCGAUCAGGACGCAAUGUGACAAUGGAUAAUUGGUUCACAAGUCAUCCUACUUAUGAAUAUUUGCUAAAUCAUCAUAAACUUACGGCAGUUGGUACAAUGAAAUCCAACAAAACCUGUAUACCUGAAAAGUUCAAAGCCGGGAAGCGCGAAGAGAAUUCGUCAAUGUUUGGAUUUCAACAAGAUUUGACUUUAGUAUCUUAUGUUCCGAAACCCCGAAAAAAUGUUUUUCUGCUGUCAUCUCUCCAUCACCAAAUGGAAAUUGACGAAGCUACAGGCGCAAAGCAGAAAUCUGAGAUCAUAAGUUUCUACAAUCGGACAAAGAGCGGCGUUGACAAUGUCGAUAAACUCAUACGUUCUUAUGAUGUGUCGCGCAACUCAAGAAGAUGGCCACUGACUUUGUUUUUUUGGAUGCUAAAUACUGCUGCAAUCAAUGGCAAAGUUAUCCAAAUACUUAACAUUCCAGAAGAUAAGAGCAAUCGAAGAAGUUUCAUAAAGGGUUUGGCUUUAGCGCUUCUUGAACCACAUUUGCAAUCAAGAAAAUCGAAUAUUCGCCUUUCCACUGAUCUUCGUAAAAGAAUAGCCGAACGCACAGGUGAUCAAGGUUGCCCACCGUUGAAAAAAUCAACUCCUGGAAUAAAGCGAAGAUGCCACGUUUGUCCCGCGAAAAAAGAUCGGAAAACCCAGUACAUUUGUGAGACAUGUAGUUGUCACAUUUGUCUUGACCACUCGAUUUUUCAGUGCGCAAAGUGUUACCAAACCAAAGCUUUACAGAGUGUAAAUGCAAGUGAUGAAGACUAAUUAUUUUGUUAUUUAGAUUAAGAGCCAUUUCACAUUUUUUCCCGAAUUGUUAAGACUUUGAGCUUCUACAUUACCAUCUUAGGCAAUACCUAGAAUUUAUUGAACGAAUAUAAAAUGUAGGUUAAUCUUUUAUAUUGACGUUUAAUGAAACACAUUUACUAAAAUCGCUUUGUUUUAUUUGUAAUGACCCAUCUCCCACAACCAUUUUACUGAAAAAUAGCCGCAGAGUCAACUUCGGAGUCCUGAAUCUAUCAAUAAUACUCAUAAAUGAAACUUAAAAAAAUACAUACAGGGUCAGACAUAUAU